UUUUUUUCGAAAAAAAAUUUAGUUUCUUCACAAAUUCCUUUCACGCCAACAUCAGUUGGAACUAGCACAAUGACUUUUCAAGUAUCAGCCGAUCAGCAUUCCUCAUAUUACGAAAGCGAAAGUUCUACGCAGAAUUCUGUUUUUAGUGAUUGGCGUCCAACUCAUCCACGAUUAUGUGCAUUUCAUGAUUGUGUAAGUCUAGCGUCCGCAUGGGGUUUAGGACCACCUACAACAUCGCUUGAACCAAGGCCUACAGGUGCUUCACAGGCCCACAGUCCAUCUGAAGAUGAUAAUGGCGAUGGAAAAAGUAACGAUCUUCUCUCGAGUUGUCCAGCAUUUAGAAAUGAACUUGGUGAUGAACCAAUUCGUUAUGUUGCUUUGACACGUUCCGCUGUUGAAACCAGUCACCAUCUUUCCAUUAUAAAUAUUCCUGAACAUGAAACAUGGUUGUGUGAGCAAACAGCAGCAGAGGCCGGCAUUUUAGAGGACGUCAGUAAUGUUUAUCUUGGUGGCAGAUUGUGUGCAGCGCGUCAGCCAAAAAUCGUUAUUGAACCUCAAGAUAUUGGAUCUUAUUACUACAGGCACUGUUUCGUCGGCAGACAGCAUCACAAUUUCUUUGGUGUUGACGAGAACUAUGGUCCGAUAGCAGUUUCAAUGGUUCGAGAAACAGCUGAACGCGUAGAAGAUGGUGUGAUUCAACCAUUAAGCAUUUAUAGAAUGAUCAUUCGUAUAAGCGAUCUUCGAAUUUUUCGUGUUGCUGUGCCAGAAGAAGUUGUUACAGAUGGCGUGGAGCAGAAAAGUAUUCGAGCAUUAAUGCGUGACCUUCUUGAAAUUGUUUGUCCGCAAAUUCAAUUCAGCUGCCUUCGACCAGCUACUUCGAAUCGAAUUGAAGAGCUCCUGACUAAGAUCGACGAACAACCAAUUUACACGAGAUAUAAAGUUGGCGUUAUGUACUGUGGUGAAGGCCAGUCAACUGAAGAAGAAAUGUAUAAUAAUGAACAUGGUUCGCCAUUAUUUGAAGAAUUUCUUGAUUUCUUGGGCCAACGAAUCCGGCUAAAAUGCUUUGAUCAAUAUAAAGGAGGCUUAGAUGUCCGAGGCGACACUACUGGCACACAUUCAAUUUAUGCCGAGUAUCAGGCUCACGAAAUUAUGUUCCAUGUAUCAACCAUGUUGCCUUUCACUCCAAGCAAUAAACAACAAUUGGCUCGUAAGCGUCAUAUUGGAAAUGAUAUGGUUACCAUUAUUUUUCAAGAGCCUGGCGCUCAACCAUUCACUCCAAUCACUGUACGCUCGCAUUUCCAACAUGUUUUUAUAAUCGUUCGAGCCAAUCCACGUAAUUCCGGAGAAGAUGCUACUUAUACUGUUGCGGUGUCUCGAGCGAAAGAUGUUCCUUCCUUUGGACCUCCAAUACCACGAGGGGCCACAUUUCAAAAAUGCACUGAAUUUCAUGAUUUUUUGCUCACAAAGAUAAUAAAUGCGGAAAAUGCGGUACAUCGCUCGAAAAAGUUCGCAACAAUGGCAGCUCGAGCCAGGCGAGAAGCCUUGAAAGAGCUUGCUGAAAACUUCGUUGCAGCGCAUCCAAACGAAGGACCUUCAAGAAUCGCUAGUCGAUUUCUUGGUGGCUCAAUGAAAAGAAAAGAACGUAUUCAACCAAAGCCACAACUUGGAGAAUGCCUACGAGGUGCCCUUUCUUGGCUGGUUGACGUACAUGAAUAUACAAUGAACCAGCGUAUCACUUGUAUUCUAGGAGUAUCUGCUGAAACUCUUGUCCUCCUUGAAAUACCUACUGGUAUAGUGAUAUUCACGACCUCCACUCAUUCAAUCAUUGGAUGGGCAAAUACUGAUAUGGGCUUGAAGAUCUAUUACGACCAUGGACAAAUGCUUUUACUUCGUUGUUGUACCACUGAUGGCUCAGACACUGAAUUGACGACGCUCUUAAGGAGGCUUGAAUGCGUGACGAAAGGUGUUGAAGCAAAAGAAAUCGUUCACCACAAAGGGAAAAAAACUAAUGAUCUCGGCUUCCAUUUGCAAGAAGAAGGUGUUGUAACUGAUGUUGAAAUGUAUCAAACAGCUUGGAAGUCAGGCCUAAGACAAGGAUCACGAUUAGUUGAAAUUGAAGGCAAACCCGUAAUAACGCUCUGCUAUGAAGAAAUAUGUGAAAUUCUUGCCAAUAAUAUAACAUUACGCUUAGUAAUGAUUCCACCAGCUUUGGACGGAUCACCAAGGCGAGGAUGCGAGGAUCCAAACUGUCCAGCAAUUAAAGGCGAUGGAAAUAUUAUGCUAACGCCAGAUACUUUUGCGAAGCAACCAGUAAGGUGUGUUAACUGUGUUAUAAUCAAAUAUUCAAACAUUGCUGAGUGGUAUUCGACUAAUAAGAGGAUCGAUUAUUUGCUUGUGGCACUGAAACCAAAGCAGCUAAUAAACGACCGCUGGUAA